AAGAAGUAGACACUCCUACAAAUAAGUGGAGGUUGAAUGACUGAUCCCUCACUCACCCCAUUUUCACUACAAAAGGGGUGUCCUCUUCUCAGAAAAACCAGCAAUCAAAGCUUUCAUCUUUUAGAAUAUUCAGGCUAAGCAAUGGCAUCUGUUGCUUCCUCUCACUUUGUGUCAAGUGGAGCGCGCAUCAAUUGCGCAGGUCCAGAAACUAAGACAACUUUGGCGCAGAUUGAUCUUAAAAGCCGUCUCACCACUCACAAUGGGUUGAGAUCAUUGAACAUGGGUGACAUGCUACAGAUGAAAUCCAACACGAAAGCCUUGACUAAGGCUGUAAGGAGCAAAGGGCACAAAGCUCAGAAUGAUGUGCCAUUCAGAGCUGUUAUACGUGGGAUGAACAUAGCAUUUGUAUCUACUGAAUGUGAUAAGUGGUGCAAAACUGGUGGCCUUGGUGAUGUUGUUGGUGGUCUCCCACCAGCUUUGGCUAAAAGAGGACACAGAGUCAUGACAAUCGUACCUCGCUAUGACCAAUACAAAGAUGCAUGGGAUACCAGUGUGCUCGUUGAGUUGAAAGUUGGGGACAUGCUUUUCACUGUCCGAUUCUUCCAUUGUUAUAAAAGGGGAGUAGACCGUGUUUUUGUGGACCAUCCAAUUUUUCUUGAGAAGGUAUGGGGCAAAACUGGUUCCAAGCUUUAUGGUCCUACAGCUGGAUCGGAUUUUGAUGACAACCAGCUUCGUUUCAGUUUGCUCUGCCAGGCAGCUUUGGAAGCCCCGAGAAUUUUGAAUCUGAACAGCAAUCUGAAAUUUUCAGGCCCAUAUGGGGAGGAUGUUGUCUUCGUUGCCAAUGACUGGCACACAAGUCUUCUUCCAUGCUACCUCAAGUCCAUGUACCAAUCUAAGGGCAUCUAUCAGAAUGCCAAGGUUGUCUACUGUAUCCACAACAUAGCUUACCAAGGGAGAUUCGCCUUUUCAGAUUUCUCAAUGCUCAACCUCCCUGAUGAAUUCAGGGGAUCCUUUGAUUUCAUUGACGGGCAUGUUAAGCCUGUUAAAGGAAGAAAAAUCAAUUGGAUGAAGGCCGGGAUCUUGGAGUCUGACAGGGUAGUGACUGUCAGUCCUAAUUAUGCUCAGGAAAUCCUCUCAGGUCCUGCAAAAGGUGUCGAGUUGCACAACACCUGUCGUACAGCAACUCUUACAGGCAUCACCAAUGGCACAGACAUCCAGGACUGGAACCCAUUAACUGAUGAAUACAUUGAUGUCAAUUAUGACAACACAACGGUGAUGGAUGCAAAACCACUUUUAAAAGAAGCCCUUCAAGCAGAAGUUGGGUUACCAAUUGAUCCAGAUGUUCCACUGAUAGGCUUCAUCGGUAGACUUGAGGAACAGAAAGGUUCUGAUAUUCUUGCUGCAGCAAUUCCUGAAUUCAUCGGAGAGAAUGUCCAAGUCGUUGUUCUGGGAACUGGAAAAAAGACCAUGGAGAAGCAGCUUGAAGAACUUGAGACCAUGUACCCCGACAAAGCUAGAGGAGUUGCAAAGUUUAACACCCCCUUGGCUCAUAUGAUUAUUGCUGGCGCUGAUUACAUAUUGAUUCCAAGCAGAUUUGAACCUUGUGGUCUUGUCCAAUUGCAUGCCAUGAACUAUGGAACUGUCCCUAUUGUAGCAUCAACUGGUGGGUUAGUCGAUACAGUCAAGGAAGGCUUCACUGGAUUCCAGAUGGGAGCUUUCAAUGUUGAAUGCGAAACCAUUGACCCAAGUGAUGUAGCCGCUCUAGCCACAACUGUCAAGAGAGCUCUAAAAACCUACCGUACCCCUGCAAUGAAAGAGAUGAUCCAGAACUGCAUGGCUCAAGAUGUUUCUUGGAAGGAGCCUGCCAAGCUGUGGGAAAAGCUGCUGUUGAGUUUAGAUAUUCCUGGAAGUGAACCUGGUAUUGAUGCAGAGGAAGUUGCUACUUCUGCCGAAGAGAAGAAGGCUGCUGCUGUAUGAACCUUUUGAAUGCUGUGGGAGCUACUAACAAUACAUAAUAUAUUAUGCAUGCUGACAUCCACGGGAACAAUUUCAGCGUUCCAUCCUUAUGUCUGGAAUGAAAUCACAUGGUAUGUGGCUGAACGCUAAUAUGUAUAGUAUGUUCGAGCAUUUGCAUUUUUAAGAAUGCACAGUUCAAUGCUAAGAUGUAUUUUAUGUUCGAGCAUCCGUAUAUGUAAGAAAUGUGUAGUUAUGCACCAUGAUAUCAAAUAUAGGUGCAAUGGCGCUUUCUGCCUAAAGCAAUAAGUUGUAUAAGGUUCUAAAGAGAGACUGUUUAAGAGCUUCUUAUUAUAAUGAAUUAGACCUCAUUUCCACACCAA